GAUCUCGCAGCUGUAGGCUGAACAAUAAUUAAAGUGCUCAGACAGGUUCUAGUCUUCAUGCAGCAAAAUGAAGCCUUGUUAUUCGGGUUGAAGUUGAGUAUAGCAUGAGCUGUCCAUACUUUAAAAAAAAAAAAGUGCUUUUCCAAGAGCUUAAAAUGUGAUUGCUAAAGUGUAGAGAGCUAAGGAUUUAUGAAAAGGAUAACUUUGCUCAGUUUUUAAUGUCUGUUGGUAAACCCGAUGUAUGUUUUGGCUGUAAUUAAAGACCGUUUGCUCAAGGGACUGUGUUGCCUUUUAAAUAAAAUUAUAGAAUGUAACAUUUAAAAUGUUGAGCAACAUAGUUAUAAGGUGGUUUGUUCACAGGCAGACCAAAAAAAAAAAAAAAACCAAAUUGGAAAAAAAUACUGAUUGCAGUGCUAAACGCUGGUCUUGAGGAAACUGAAAGUGUCUGGGUUUUGUUUCAGGUGCUGCCGGUGUGAAAGAUGAGGCUGCACGAGAGCCGGACAAGACCCUUCCAGGCCCCUGCCACUGUGCACACCUUCCCGGGCAGGCAGCUGUUCGUGUUCCCCAGUGGCCGCUCCGACUCGGAGGAGUCCUCGGAGGAGGAGCUGAACGUGAUGGAAUUGCGGCCCCGGGGCAAGGAGCAGCAGCGGGGCAGCGCCGCCCGGGGCAGGCCGGGGGACGUGGUGCUCCUGGAGAGGGAGCUCACCGAGGAGGACAGCCUCAACAAGCUGGCCCUGCAGUACGGCUGUAAGGUUGCAGAUAUCAAACGCGUCAACAACUUCAUCCGGGAGCAGGACCUGUACGCGCUGAAGUCCAUCAAGAUCCCGGUGCGGCCGCACGGGCUGCUCACGGAGGG